GGUUCCGUUACAGAAGCGUGCACAAAAGAGGAUUUGCCGCGUGCGCUUUGGCGCUGUGUGAUGUUGUUCUAACGCCCUGUCGCCUUGUUUACCGGUAUUUUCUAUAGAAAAUGGAGGCGUUUAGCCAAAUAAUUUUGGAAUAUCCUGAGUUAAUGUACGGAGGAGUUGGAGUCACGGCUUUUGUCACCGGUGGAGCGCUCAUAUACAAAAUUGCCACCAGAAAGAAGCCAACACAUGCAAGUGUGAACUGCUGGUUCUGCAAUGAGAACACAGUGGUGCCUUAUGGGAACAGAAACUGCUGGGACUGUCCAAGCUGUGAACAGUACAAUGGUUUCCAGGAGAAUGGAGAUUAUAACAAAACCAUCCCGGCUCAGCACAAGGCAAAUCUGAACCAUGGUGUGUCUGGAAGCUUUCCCUCAUCUGAGACACCGAAGAUACAGCAGUGGGUCAACUGUCAGAUGCUCUUGUGCAAGAAGUGCAAUAAUAACCAGACUCUAAAGAUCAAGCAGUUGGCCUCAUUUAUCCCUCGGGACGAUGAAAAUUAUGAUGAGGAAAUUGAAGCAUACAAGCACCACCUGGAACAGACCUAUAAGUUAUGCAGGCCAUGCCAGACAGCAGUGGAGUAUUACAUUAAAUAUCAAAACCGACAGCUGCGUACAGUGCUCCUAAACCAUCAGCUUCGACGCUCUGUGAAGAGCUUUGAAAAGAACUCCUAUUCUCUGUCUCCACCUCUGGGGGUCACACUGUUGCGUGCUCUGGCCUUCCUGGUUUGUGCUUUCCUAGUUGCCACAGCUUUCUGUGAAUUUCCAGACCAGCCUCUUUCAUCUAGUGGCCCACAGACAGUAAACGAUGGUGUCACUCCUCUUAAAACCCUCAACGAAUCCACCUCCAAAAACAAUAGCAGUGGAAAUUUACCUGUAUGGCAGGGUCUGCUGGAUCUCCUCCCAAACAAUGUCACACAAAAUGUUAAGCUGAUUUGGCAACAUGGAAAGGACAACCAGCUGGUUGUGGUCUCUGUUGGCCUGUUGACUUGCCUUACUUCAAUCUUCUUAGCAGGAUCUGCAAGACUGAGGAGAAUUGAUGCUGUGGCCUCUGUCUUGUGGUUCCUCGUUCUGUGCCUCUUCCUGGCUGAUAGCUACUGGCCUGGUGCCUCGGGUUGGAUGGACACAGCCAAGAACAGUAGCAUCACUCUGUGUUGCCUUGUCAGCUUUGCAUCUGCUUUGGCAACUCGAAAACCACAGGGUCUGCGAAGAGGCAAAUAUAGAAGAUACCUUGCAGGCAGCUCUGCAACUCCCACAUUCAGCAACCAGGCUCCUCUGUUCUUUCCUGACCUGGCAGAGUCUUUCAUCCCCACUCCACCCCCAAAUCUUUCCAAACUCAUCAGCUGUCAACAGAGUCGUUACAAAUGCAGUGAUUCUCCCUCCUCUCUCCCUGGACGGUUGAGCAGAACCCUCUGCCUUGGCACCAUCCCUUCCAUCAGACGGACAGAUUCUGGUUACCUGUUUAGUGGAAGUAGACCAACCUCUCAAUAUAAGGACUCUCCACCCUCAGACUACUUUUCACUGAAGUCUUGGAGCCACCCAUCAUCCCCGAGUCACUCUCCAACCCCUUCAAUCGCUGGGUCGUGCAUCUCCAGUUCAGAGUCGACCAGGCGCCGUCCCCUCAUCAGCCCAGCUCGCCUCAACAUCUGCAGCCAGAAACAGUGGCAUUUCUGUCCAGAUCCAGAACCCAAGCUCUUCUCAACCCCACCCGCAUCUCCAGCAUAUUCUACUGUUGGACCCGACUCUCCCAUUUAUAGUGGCCGUUUUUCACCCGACAUUUCCCCUUUCCAAAGCCAAAAUGAUUUGAGUUUGAGACAUGGCAGCGUGAUUGAUAAGGAAGAGAAGAGUGAGAGGGCCAGCUCCUCGGGCUCAUCCUCGUGCGUGGUUGGCACAACAACACAGGUGCUGGAGAGUACUCCUCCCCCAAAAGGUUUAUUCAGUCGUCUCAGCUUGCCGGGGAUUCUAACGGUGAGCCUGGCUGCCAACCUGUUCCUCACCUGCUUCUGUAUGUACCACUACUGGACAUGAACUUUUAACGGGUCAGAUGCUGUCUUCAUGACUGUUUAGAAAGUGCCAGAAAGCAUCAACUUUAGGGCAGUUACUUUGUUUCUUGGCCCUUAGUAAAAAACUGAUUGUUUUUGACAACAAUACCUCCCUUUUGUUGAAGAUGCGAGAAAAAUAAACAUCAAAUACUGCACUUUUAAAUGUGUGGUUUGUGACUAUUUGAAGAUAUUUUUCUGCUUUUGCCUCAUUUCAUAUUUGGCUUAGUCGUGAACUGUUACUGUGGAAAUGGACAUAUUUAUUUAGAUAAGACACCAACGGAUAACAUUUUGAUGAGGCUUUGAGUUUGCAUGAACAUGGGAUCCAAGCAGUUGAGACAGGACUUUGUCUCUGUACAAAUAUGUGAGACAAGGCCCUUGUCUGUUGUCUGGUGUGCUGCUUUUGCCAAACAUUGGGAUGCAUUAAGUAGCAUGUUAUUUUUCUUUUUGCAUUUUUGAAAUUUGUACAGAAAUUUGCAUUGUAAUCAGGGUUGCAACUAGUGAUUAUUUUCAAAAUUGAUAAAUCAACAAGUGUUUUGGCCCAGAAAAUAUUGAAAGCUGUCAAUUUGUGUUUCCCUUAUCAUCCACAUGAUGAUGGUGUCUUAAAUAGGGUGCAUGUUCCACCUCAUUUUUUCAGGUUUUCCCUUUUCAUUCGUGACCUGUCUGUAUAUUCAGUGGGGAUAGAUUGUCAGAUUGCAACCCUGCUGUCUAUUCUUUGUAAUACAGUUUACAUUUAACAUUUUUAAUAUUGUGGUCAUUUCAUUCAGUCACAGUUAAAACAGAAAUGGUUAAUUUUCUGUUGUUGCUGAUAUUCAUGGCUGAAUUUGUACGGAGCAAAACUCCUAUGGUGCAAUAUCAAAGAUUAUAUUUAUAAGUGUAUUUCAUUUUUUUUGCACUUUUCUCUCUUUUUUUCCCCCUGUGCUCAUUUGUGCUGAAUCAUGAAUGUCUAAAAUCAUAUCUAUGAUUUGAAAUUGUAGUAUUAGAAAUGUGUGUGUGUGGAUGCUGAACUGCUUUUCCACUACAUGGUCCGCACACGUUUGUUUGCUUUCCCAUUAGCAGUAGUACCUGGCAAUUUUAGUACCUGCUCUGCUCUGGCAAGCGAGCUGAGCCGAUACUAUAUGUGACGUCGUCAGAAUGCCGUCACAGGAAGGCAGGAGCGCGACGUCCGACACAAGAAUUGGAAUGAACAAUGCCUAACUGUAGAUCAAUUAAAAAUACUGAAAACUUGCGUUAAACUCCAACAUUUAGCACAGAAAUGUCUAAACUAUCCAUAUUUAACAGAGGAGUCUGAUGUAUUUAUGAUGGCGAGCCACAUCCCAAUCCUAGCCGUUGUAUUUCGGUUCAGUGUCUGUGCUCUGGUCUUGCAGGAAGUAUCGAAAUCUUUUCAAUGAACUGAUUCUAAUGAUUCAGUACACUGAAAAUACCUAGUUUGUGUGUGUCGCGUGUGAAACAAAGUCACGGCAGUUUCCUGCAGUUGUAAAAACCAACCUAAACUGUGGAGGCGGGACCGUGUAGUGGAGAAGCGCCAGUCGUCUACAGGAAGUUAUACAUGUGUAUGUGUGUGAACAGGUUACAGCGUUUUCAAUAUUGUAUGUUGGGGCUUUUUGGUGUAUUGUUUUUUGCAAGAAAAGUUUUGCAUUGAUGAAUAAACAUGUACUUUACUUUUAAAGUACAGUACAGUUACUGAAACACUACUGAAGGACAAAAACACUGUCAUAUUGUCUUAAGUUAUGAAUAAGAGUUGUGAAAGCUAUUAUAACUUAUCAACAGACUGGAUAUGAAAUGGUGCAUUUGAACGUGACGUGUAACCUGGCCUGUGUUUAUUUCUUCUCUGAAGAAGCUCGUUAAUUGAAAGAUCAAGUACAUGUUGUGAAAGUUCAUUGUGUUUUUUUGGUUCGUUUUUUAGACAACAGGAAGUAUUCCUUUACCUUGUUGACGGCAUGUAUCUUCAGCCUUCCUCAGAACUUCUCAGCUGUUGUUGCUGAUAAGAACCUGUGCACACGUUUCUGGUUGAGGCGUGUAUUUUUUUCAGACAAAAUAUGACCCUAUCGGCUUUCCAUACUCAUGUCCUUAUUUCCACCGUUGGUAUUGGUUUUCUUCUGCGUGAAUGACUCUGGCCUCUUCCCAAUACAUUACGUGAUUCUGUCCUUUGCCCACAAUGUUGUAACCUGUUCACACAUGUCUAACUUCCUGUAGACAAUUGCCACUACAUGGUCCCGCCUCAGCCCGGCACAGCUCAUUAUGCUGAACAAGACAAAUCUCAUUUAAUUUUAGUAUAAAAUGUGUGUCUGUAUGAAAAUUUAAUUCGUAUUUAUUGUCAGGUUUCUGUUGAAGUGUAUUACUGUACUUUUGUGCUUUCACGUCACUUUUAUGUUGAGUCAAAGCUUCUUCAUAAUGCGUUAAUAUUCUCACUAAUGGUUUGAAGAGUUGUUGUUGUUGUGUUCAGUGAUGCCAAUGUUUGUCUGCUAAAGCUGUUUUGGUCUGAGUGAUUGUAAGAAACGAUGCAGGAUUGUUUCAUGUGGACCAAUACUUUUUGAAUAAAGUGUUCCGUUUCUA